GACGCAAGCAUCCGCGGAGAAAGAAGAGAGAAGUUGAGGGAAGGGGCCCCUUCAGCCCCUUGCCCCUUGUGUUUACAUCACAAACAUCAUGUGACCAGCAGCAACGAUCAUGUCCCAUGUGACUCUUGGACUAGAAGCACGACGACGGUGUCUAAUCUAAUAGGAAGGAGAGAGAGCAAACAACAAAUUGGGCCCCGAGCUUGAAAUUGGUGCGCGAAUCUGACCGUGAUUUUUGAUGCUGAUGGCGAGGACCAAAGGGAGGGCAUGAUGUAGGGCGAUGGCACUUUUGAACAAGCUCUUCGCCAACAAAAGGAGCAAAAGCAGUCGACCCCACUUUGGGCUGUUCGGCCGUGGCGAUGAGGCUAACGAGAGCUGGGUACCUUUCACUUUUGACCCCGACCAGGUCAGGGUGCUACUCUUCAGAGAGUGCGAGUCGCGCCGCCGGAAAAUUCUGUUCGACUCGAGCUCGGUGCAGAAGGUUGCCGUGGCAGCAACCAAAUCCUCAAGAAAAUUUCCCUCUCUGCUGAGGAGUGAAACAAAAAAGACUGACCCCGUAUUUGUAGAAGUUACUAAUGGCUUUGGCUAUAAGCUAUCUCGCCCAACCGAGACAAUCGACUUGGCCGCCGUGAGCGACAUGAUUUUCGGAACAGUGCCUCUGAACUUCCAAGGUGCUUCUUUAAAGAUGCACUGUUUGCAGAACCCAAACCGCCUUAUGUGCACCAAAGUUUUUCCGUCGCCCAGCACAACAAAUCACAACCCACACAAUAAAAAUAGUGACGACUCAGUAGGCUGUGCAUCAGGAGCGUCCCUGGGAGAGUCGAUUGUGAUGAACCUUAGCAUGGAGGGGGCCAACCUGGACAAGAAAGCGAGUGAAGGGGACAGUGGCUUUUCAGGAGCGGCAUCCUUUAAAUCUGCAAGCCUUGGCAGCAACAAUUGCAACUCCUGGUCGCUUGGAGAACCACAGCAGCCUGAUUCACGAGAAUCGUCCUUCAAUAGUGUAGGUUCGUGGCUUCCGAAUCAUUCAAGUGGCAGCUUGAGCAGUUUGCAGAGGCGAUUCAUGAAACACGUAGCCACGUCGAUGGAAACCUCUGAAGCAUUGCCCAGUUUGUCUCCAAACAAAGAUGCAAAGAGGAGCAAGCUCGGUCUCGCAGUUCUCCUCAGACUCUCUGGAGAAAACGAAAUGGAUCAAACGCAGCAGGAUUUUUUCUUUGAUCACGUGCCAGUGCUGGACAGCAUCAUCCGACGCAUGCAUGCAGUGGUAGAAAAGUCGUACACGCACCGCGAACGCUUUUUACACCUGAUGAAAGAGGGCGCAGACGAACUGCAAGAGUCGGUGGUGCAUCUCUUCUCCUCUCCUCGGCUGCCCAGGCCGGUUUGGCUUGGCCUGAUGACAGCAUCUUCCGAAAGGGCUCACACAAGCCUUGCUCAAACAUUCCUAAACGAUCUUUGCUUCCUACUCGCCUCUCUAGAAACAAAGUCUGCUCACUUUUUUGUAAGCACACUAGUCACUGCUGUUCUUACCUACCACCUUGGAUGGGUCAGCACGGUAUUGCCAGGUGCGGUUCCUCCUCUCAACAGACCACCGCCAAACUCCCCAAACAAAAUGCUCGAUUCACUUGCCAAGUGCCAUCCAUACAAUGCUCUGUGGGCGCAGUUCGGCGACCUCAAAGGUGCCCUUGGUCAUCCACUUCGAGUUGCCCGCACUAUUGUGACUGGCAGCGAGUCCGAUGUGCUCAACCGUCUUGUGCGAAUGCUCUCGUACUUCAUACGCUGCGGUUCUGUCAGCAAAAACUUUGAGGAAAGACUGAGCACGAACACCACCGACUCCCUGUUGCAGAGCAAUUCGACCAAGACGUUGACCUCCAAGGGGAUUGACCUUAGUUCGAGCACCCUGGUCUGCCAAGAGCCACGUCCAGGACUGAGAAGAAACGCCAGUUGUUUGUCGGAUGUUGGAAACGUCAAGUCUUUGUACCCAAGCCUGUCUGAGGUGGACUUAAUUUCAGACAAGGUGUCCCGGUUGUGUCGGGUGCCAGCUGAGGCCAUCAUGUGGCAUGUGAACAACCUGGGAAGUCCGCCCAGGCGAAAAGUCGAUUCAGUGAAACAAAACUCUGCUCCUCCAGAGUCUUUUAGUGCAGUUGCUGAUCUCGGAGUUGUUUUUGUUGUAGGAGAUGAUGAAAAUAUGGAUAGCCCACCUAAGGAUGAUCAUUCAAUUCUGAGACAGCUACAAGAAGCUACAUGUUUGAAAGACUUAAGCGAUGAAGAGCAGGAUGGCCCUCAACUGAUGGAAAUACCUAUUCCAUCCUCCGAAGUGCGACUCCCGCAGCCGUACAAUGGAUUCGCAGCCUCUCUAAUGGGCUAUACAUCCGAGACUUACAGCCCUGAUUUGGUAGUGCAAGCUUGCACCCAGGACGUUUCCGAGUGGAGGGAAAAGCUAAAGAGAGACCUGAUGCUCUCUGCUUAUCAACCCCUAUUCGACAAAGAAGCUGUCGCCGAAGCAAUAUGCGUCAUGGGAAACGUGGACAAGUGGGAGGUUCAGAUAGUUUCUAGUCACACUUAUGUAGCGGAGAGGCAUUCGAAUAAUUUAGGAAUACGACAGGGAAUGUCCCAAUUGGUUGCAGACAUGCUGGAAUCCGUGCACCACCUUUGCAAGUUUGACACUCCGCCCGAAUAUUGCCUUCAACACAUAGAAUCAAAACUACGUGAAAUAUGCCUUCACAGCCACGCCUUAGCGCAGCUGCUUCUAGCCACCGACUUUUGUGAAAUGACCCGGCUGACUUCUGCCCUCAAUCUGGAGGCCAACGAUGUGCCCCUCUUGCUUGCUGUGGCGUCUACUCACUCGCCCGAAGUCACGCAGCGCUACGGCUUAACGUUUCAGUAAAAAAGAUGUAUACUUUAUUACUUUUUUUUUUCAAAGAUAAAAUUACUUUUGUAGAUUGAUUUUAUUUAACCAAAUAAUAAAAGAGUUUCUAAUUAUUGCUGGUCCGAAUAAUAAAAUGCUGGAGCUCAUGAUUUGUUAAA